AUGGAAGCUGAAGAGGAAGGGGCAAAAAAACUAUCGGAAGUAAACUUUGAAAACUUACCUCCCAACUACCAUAAUGAGUCCAACACGGAAACCAGAAUUGGUAAUAAAACUGUUCAGACUCAUCAAGAAAUUGAUAAGGUUACAGAUAACAAAACUGGAUCAACAGUUUUUUCUGAGACUGUUAUCACAUCUAUAAAAGAUGGAGAAAACAAAAGAAAUCAUGAGUGUAUCAUUGAUGAAGACUGUGAAACAGGGAAAUAUUGCCAGUUCUCCACCUUUGAAUAUAAGUGCCAGCUCUGUAAAACCCAGCAUAUGCGCUGCUCACGGGAUGUUGAAUGCUGUGGAGACCAGCUCUGUGUGUGGGGUGAGUGCAGGAAAUCCACUUCAAAAGGAGAGAACGGCACCAUUUGUGAGAACCAACAUGACUGCAACCCUGGAAUGUGCUGUGCUUUUCAGAAAGAACUACUGUUUCCUGUGUGCACUCCAUUACCUGAAGAAGGUGAACCCUGCCACGAUACUUCAAACAGGCUUCUCAACCUCAUCACCUGGGAACUGGAACCCGAUGGAGUACUUGAGCGAUGCCCGUGUGCAAGUGGCUUGAGCUGCCAACCUCAGAGCCACAGCACUACAUCUGUGUGUGAAGUGUCUGCCAAUGAAACCAGGAAUAAUGAAAAAGAAGAUCCCUUACUCAUGGAUGAGAUGCCACUUCUCAGCUUGAUACCCAGAGAUAUUCUUUCUGAUUAUGAAGAAAGCAGUGUCAUUCAGGAAGUGCGUAAAGAAUUAGAAAGUCUGGAGGACCAAGCAGGUUUGAAGCCUGAGCCUGACUCAGCUCAUGACUUGCUUUUGGGAGACGAAAUUUAAAAUCCAAACACCAGACAGUUUCAUUAGUAAUUUCUAGAAAUUUUUGUCUUGUGUGUUGCUUAUAUAAAUCCUAGACACAUACUGCUGGAUAGAAGUGCAAUAAACAGGGUCUUCAAUGAGCAUCAUUUUCUGUGCAUCAAACCUGCCUGUUCAAAUUAU